AUGCCGAAGUGUCUGAAAUUGCAGAUUGGAACAAGCUAUGAGUUUGGAGUCAGAAUAAAGCAAAUCAAAGUUUCACAUGAAUCAGAAAAAGGAAGGAAUGAGCGCAGGAUGUGUUAUGGACAAUUGGAGUAUUGGCAAAUCGCGCCCCGACUAGAAUCUGGCCAAGAAUCAAGCUACUUCGGAAAUUUUGCAUUCUCUUCUCAGGGCUAG